AUGCAGGCGAGACGCUUGGCUGUCCGCAUCCUGGAAGCUCAGCAGAGCCGGGCCGAUGUGGCAGCGGUGCCUGUGAGCCAGCCCUGGGCCGCUCCUCUGCCCGCUCUUACGCAAUUACGAAAAAGCAGACCGAGACCGUAUGGGUUAGUGAUUCCAAUUAGUACCGACGCAGAUGGAAGCUACGUCUCCAAUAUCCUCUCCGCGAGUCACCAAAGAAGAUCAGCGCGGGAGGUAUCCCAGAGCCCCAAACAGCUGUAUUUUAACGUCACUGCGUUUGGAAGGGAAUUCCAUCUCCGGCUGAAACCCAACACUCGUUUAGUGGCUCCCGAGGCCGUCGUGGAGUGGUACGAAGACUCUGUGGAAACUGGAAAGGAUGGCGGUAACGCGAGUCAGACUAGAACUGCUACCGAGAGCUUAUGGAAAAGAGAGCCCCUGUGGACCAACUGCGCCUAUGUGGGAGACAUUACUGACAUCCCCGGAGCUUCCGUGGCUAUUAGCAAUUGUGAUGGUCUGGCUGGAAUGAUAAGAACUGAUAAGGAUGAAUACUUCAUUGAGCCUUUGGAAAGAGGAAAGCAAAUGGAAGAGGAAAAGGGAAGAAUCCACAUGGUGUACAGGCGAUCGGCUGUAGUGCAGCAUCCCACCGAUACGCUCCCUGAUGUCCACAGAGAAGGGUCCCUUCUGGGCAGCCUCGGAGAGCUGAGUUCCCUGUACGGCAGCGCAGAGCAGCAGCUGAACGAAACCCUGCGGCACCGCCGGCAUGCGGGAGACGACGACUACAACAUCGAGGUGCUGCUGGGCGUGGACGAUUCCGUCGUCCGAUUCCACGGCAAAGAACACGUUCAGAACUACCUCCUCACCCUCAUGAACAUCGUGAAUGAGAUUUACCACGAUGAGUCCCUGGGUGUGCACAUAAACGUUGUGCUGGUCCGAAUGAUCAUGUUGGGGUACGCCAAGUCCAUCAGCUUGAUUGAAAGGGGGAAUCCCUCGAGAAGCUUGGAGAACGUUUGCCGCUGGGCGUAUCAGCAGCAGAAGUCGGACCCCAAUCACUCCGAGCACCACGAUCAUGCCAUCUUCUUAACCAGGCAAGAUUUUGGGCCCGCUGGUAUGCAAGGAUAUGCUCCUGUUACUGGCAUGUGUCACCCGGUCCGGAGCUGUACGCUCAACCACGAGGAUGGGUUUUCAUCGGCUUUCGUUGUGGCUCAUGAAACCGGUCACGUGCUGGGAAUGGAGCACGACGGGCAAGGGAACCGAUGCGGGGAUGAGACGGCCAUGGGGAGCGUUAUGGCUCCCUUGGUGCAGGCUGCCUUUCAUCGCUACCACUGGUCCAGAUGCAGCGGCCAAGAACUCAAAAGAUACAUACACUCUUACGACUGCCUUCUUGACGACCCUUUCGAACACGAUUGGCCCAAGCUGCCCGAACUGCCAGGCAUUAAUUAUUCCAUGGACGAACAGUGCCGCUUUGAUUUUGGCGUUGGCUAUAAAAUGUGCACAGCGUUCCGAACCUUUGACCCGUGCAAGCAGUUGUGGUGUAGCCAUCCAGAUAACCCAUACUUCUGUAAGACGAAGAAAGGACCUCCACUCGAUGGGACGGAAUGUGCCCCUGGAAAAUGGUGCUAUAAAGGUCACUGCAUGUGGAAGAACACUAACCAGCUGAAGCAGGAUGGCAACUGGGGACCCUGGACAAAAUUUGGCUCCUGCUCACGGACCUGCGGAACCGGAGUUCGCUUCCGAACGCGCCAGUGCAACAAUCCGAUGCCCAUUAAUGGAGGUGAAGACUGUGCUGGUGUCAACUUUGAGUUCCAACUUUGCAGUACGGAGGAGUGUCCGAAGCACUUUGAGGACUUCAGAGCGCAGCAGUGUCAGCAGCGCAAUUCCCACGUUGAGUACCAGAACAGCAAGCACCACUGGCUGCCCUACGAACACCCGGACUCUAAUAAGAGAUGUCACCUGUACUGCCAGUCCAAAGAAACCGGGGAUGUGGCUUACAUGAAACAGCUGGCACACGACGGGACGCGCUGUUCCUAUAAAGAUCCCUACAGCAUCUGCGUCCGCGGGGAAUGCGUGAAGGUGGGUUGUGACAAGGAGAUCGGCUCCAAGAAGGUUGAAGAUAAGUGCGGCGUCUGCGGCGGGGAUAACUCUCACUGCCGAACCGUGAAGGGGACCUUCACCCGCACUCCCAAAAAGCUUGGGUACCUUAAGAUGUUUGAUAUCCCUCCUGGUGCUCGACAUGUGUUUAUCCAAGAAGACGAGGCUUCUCCUCACUUUCUUGCAAUGAAGAACCAGGCGACGGGACACUACAUCCUGAACGGGAAAGGGGAGGAGGCCAGAUCCCGGUCUUUCAUCGAUCUCGGCGUGGAGUGGGAGUACAACAUGGAAGACGACAUCGAGACUCUCCACACCGAGGGGCCCUUGCACGACGCAGUGGUUGUGCUGAUCAUUCCUCGGGAGAACGACACAAGAUCCAGCCUGACUUACAAGUACAUCAUUCACGAGGAUUCCGUACCGACGAUCAACAGCAACAACGUCCUACAGGAAGAAAUCGACACUUUUGAGUGGGCGUUAAAGAGUUGGUCGCAGUGCUCCAAACCCUGCGGUGGAGGGUUCCAGUACACCAAAUACGGGUGCCGCCGGAAAAGCGAUAACAAAAUGGUUCAUCGCAGCUUCUGCGAAGGCAGCAAAAAGCCGAAGCCCAUCCGCAGAAUGUGCAACCUUCAGGAGUGCACACAGCCGCUCUGGGCAGCGGAUGAGUGGGAAUACUGCACAAAAACCUGUGGGAAUUGGGGUUACCAGCUGCGUACGGUGCGCUGCAUCCAACCCCUUCCCGACGGCGCCAACCGCUCGGUCCAUUCCAAGUACUGCAGCGGAGAUCGCCCGGAGAGCCGCAGGUCCUGCAACCGAGUCCCCUGCCCGGCACAGUGGAAAGCGGGACCCUGGUCUGAGUGUUCGGUGACCUGCGGGGAGGGCACGGAGACCCGGCACAUCACGUGCCGUGCCGGCGACCGCUGCGAAGGAGAAAAACCCGAAUCGGUGCGGGUUUGUAAACGCGCUCCCUGUGACGAUGAGCCCUGCGCGGGAGACAAAUCCAUCUUCUGCCAGAUGGAAGUGCUGGCGCGUUACUGUUCCAUCCCCGGCUACAACAAGCUGUGCUGCGAGUCCUGCAGCAAGCGCAGCAGCACCCUCCCGCCCCCGUUCCUCACCCGAGCGGCUGCAACCGCAGAGGGCGUGAUGUUUGAUGAGAGCGACCUGCCCGGGGCUCGGAUGGUGCCAACUCCUGCAGCGCCCCACUACGCACAGUUCCCGCCUGGGAGAAGUUCUCUGCCUUUUGCGGAAGAGGACGCCCACGCGGACGUCUCCCCGUCCAACGCCAAGCCCAAAGGGGGCGAAUUUCCGCGGUGGAGAGCUCCUCAGGCGAGGAAGACUUCUCGGCUGUUGGCUUUGCUGCACCAGUCCCCGGCCAACAGCAGCAGUCUCGGUCCUCACAGCGCCCUUGUCCCUCUGGUGCCCGCUUACAACACCACGGCGGGUGCUCCUUCUCCAUGGAGAACCUCAAGGAAGGGCGAGAAGCGCGUUGAGAAGAGGUGGCCUUCGAGGUCCUCCACCGUGGAGAGACGAAGGUGA